AUGAAGUCCGAGUCAACCCUUAAGGGUUACAAGGGUCAUCCCUUGAAGCAGAAAAACAAGUUGGCGCCCAACCUAUGGAAGGGCAACAAUGAAAACAGUCCUUCUCAGGACUCGUCGACAGGACCAGAGAAAUCUGCCACCCCUGCGACAAAACGUGUGGUCCCUGCUAAAAUCAACAAACCGACGGCGUUACACGACGCAUCAAAGCAGGUCCUCACCGGUGGAAACCCCUUUUCCAACUCAGCUUUCAUGCACAACGUAGUUGAGCAUGAGUUGUAUAUGCGUGAAACCUUUUCACCAUGUACCCCUGCCCUGACACAAGUGACACGUGACGUGUUCACUCAGCUGUCCAUCGAUAAGCCCGACUUGACAAAGCGGCUUAUCCCCGAGGAACUCGAUUACUACGCUGAAGCUAUGCUGUGGUUUAGAAUCAUCGGCCUAAAAGCGCGCAACCAACAGCCGCUCACGCCAGAGGAAACCAUUGUAGUGAAAUCCUGCCUCGGCACCUCACUCCGGCCCACCUUUCCUCCACUCCCAACCACCGUCAUCCAGUGGCAAGGCGUCGCCAUUCCUGAUAACUUCGCCGCCGCUAUCACUGCCGCCUCUCACAAUCUUUAUGAGGAGCUUCCAUGCUUAGGUAUUCACUUAGCAGCCCUCAUUACGGCACAGAAUAAUGACAUCAGCCCAUGGUCACCACCUGGUGUUCCUGCCCACACCCACGCCAAUCAAAAUCUCAUUGGCUACCACCCCACGAAACUCUACCGCCCCGAAGCGUAUGCGUCCGUCAUCGACGUUGGAAUAUCGGCUGGAGAAGUCCAAAACUAUCCUCCAAACACCGGCCUCAACUUUAGACUCAUGAAACGUACUUCAGAGUUCCUUUCCUCGUUGACAACAUUCAAGACCACCGACGUAAGCUUUCCGACUCUUACAGAGUACAGAGGUACUGCACAACUAGCCCAGUACAUCCCAGAUCCACAACAACCCAGAGUACGCAACAUCCAAGGGCUCACUACCAUUCGGACAAUCAACAAUGAAAUACCCAGUCAAAUUGGUGUAUCAAUUGUGUUUGCUCCCAGGUACUACAAGGAGUCGCCUAACGACAAUUUUGACAACUGGUGUUGUCUGUCGCCCGACGCUCCACUUGCAGCAGACGUCCUCAACCCACUUCCCGCAGCCUGGUUUGAAAACUGA